AUGGCGCCCAACAGCCUCCCCAGCCUCGAGCAGUUCCUCGACGAGCGAAUCCGUCAACAAGCACAAGACUUUGGGGUCACCGAUGACACCAACUGCGCCAUCUGUCUGGAGCUCCUGCAAGUAGACUCCCAAGAUCCGAGUACCCGCCUCGCUCAACUCCCCUGUCAACACACACUGCACUUCCACUGUCUACGAGACAUGACGGAAGGUUACACCGAGAACCGCAACAAGUGCCCGAGCUGUCGACAAGAGCUCUUCGAGCUAAACUUGCUACCACCGGCAAGGGAAGCGCUGGCGCGGAAAGAAAAGGAGACGUAUUACGACUGUGAUGCGUCUUUUGACACCAAGCGCUAUACCGAGCUAUUGACGAUCACCGACAACCUUUUCGACGAGCAACGCAGACUCCAUGGAACUGGUGCGGAAUGCUAUGUCGGGAUUCCAAAACGUGUAUGCGCAUCGCGGAUGCAGGCGGGGCUUCAAUGGGUUAUGAUUUGUGAGAUGCACGCUGCGGCUGAAUCCGCAUGGUUGGAGCUUGAGGUUGCUCGGCGUGUGGAGGACCAACUCAGACAUGCUAAUAUGUUGGAGACUUGGUCCGGUCGUAUCUUCAUGGGUGCGUUGGAGGUCAUGCAGGAUAUGUUCGACGAACAGUUCCAGUGUUCGGAUGACGAACGCGAGCUCGAGGAACGUGUUUCGGUAAUGGACGAGGAUGAGGAGGACGAUGAAGGAAGUAAAGAGGAACCUGAACGACCAAACCCGCAGCCGUUAAGAGGAUCUAUGAACGAGAUUUUCGGCCCAGAUGUUGGAAGGCCGUGGACGCCUACAUCUCGAGAUUAUCGUCCGAUGGAACAAUCUCCAAGUCCUCCGAGGGCUACACCACCACAGCGAUCAACUCAGAGUCUACCACCACCAAGCCCGGAUACGACAUUGAUGGUUGAAGACUGGCGCCGAGAGACCCAAUCAGCGCCGUCACCUGCAAGUUCACCCACGUUUUCACAUACAUCAUCAGACGACAUAUUUGCAGCCGGGAUGAUAAAUGAUGUCCGCCAACAAAACCAAAGCGCUCAGCAGCGUUUCCUACAAACCCGCGAGAGACUUCGGCGAGAUCGAGUCAACGUCCUUGAGGUACUUAAUGUGGCCUCGGUGGAGAUAUAG